AUGCUGGAUAACGAUUCGGAAGAAGAUAUAGAAAGCUUUGAGGUCGACUUUACAGUUCCUGCGAAUGCGCCCACUCUGAGUUUAACUGAUCGACAUGACUUUAUUGCAGGACUACUCCAAUUGCCACCAGGAGACAAUAAUCUUACACAGCUAAUAUUUAAGACAAUUGCUUCAUUGUGUGAUCCUUUUACCCAACCGGAAGAGUCUGCAGAUUUUGUCCUAAGCGUUGAUUGCAUAGCAGAUUUGGCUAUAGCCGUUCUGUUCAAAUCGUACAUUGAAGAACAAAGUGCCGAUGACAUUCCAAUCGAAUCAAUUAAAUUUGAUAUUUCCACAAUUUUAUUCACAAUUUUAAGUAAAAUACAUGUCCUACUAAAUGCCGAUGAUGAGUUAGAAUUAAGAUAUGUUAACAAUGAUGAAAACCAUUAUAUGGCAAACUUGCACAUUUGGACACCAAACGAAAUCAUUGCAAGCAAUGACUAUAAUCUUAGACUACUUUAUUCGAUUACCUGUGUUGUGAUUUCAGCCAUGUACAAAUUAUUUAUUCCUAAAUCAGGUGAUUACAACUUGACUACAAAUCCUUACUUGCACUAUUUUCUCAAACUAUGGAAAUGUCACACUAAUAUCAUAAUUCUUGGAUUAGCAAUAGACAGAAGAAUUGAAUUUCUCAAUCUCGAAAAUGGCGAGAAUAAGGAAACACCGUAUAUAAUUCAGCAAACUCUAAAGGGUUCAAGCUCAAUACGGUGCGUUCUAGCCUGGAUACUAAACAAGAAUCCUUCGUCGGCGCCAGUAUUAGACGAUGAUUUGUCUAUACAUUCAGAACUGUCGUCAGAUAUAAAAAAUGAAACAGUUUUCAACUUCAUACAGCCUUUAGCCAGAAGCAACAGCAAUGGAGGAGCAAUACUGCUAGAUAUGAGGUUGGUUUCGAUCGCCUUGUUGAUGCUAUAUUCGGGAACAUCGUUCACAGCGGGGGCUCAUCAAGUCAACGAGAAACCUUCAAUUAAUCAAGAGCACGCCAGUAGAAGACUAAAUCAAUCCACAAAAAUAUCAGAGGUGGGUGACAUACUAAUUGACUUGGAAUAUGCUGACAGAUUUGAUGAAGAUAUCAAGUACAUGCUUGAAUGUGAAUUGUAUGACGAUGCAGAAGACGACAAAUAUAAUGAAGCUAACAGCAAGAAACUAUUCAAAGCUGAGUUAAGGAGGGGGGCAAAAGGUGAAGAUGUCUCUAUAAUACCAUCUGAGAUUACAGAAAGUCUUAUUGUACCUGAACUUGAGUUUGACGAUUUGGGACGAGAUUGGCGAGAUAUUACUCGAGGAGGAAAUAAUGAAUUUAAUGAUCUGUUCUUAGCUAAGCUUAAAGAAUUUGAAGCAUUACCAAACAAGAGUGAUUCGGAUGACUUUUUUGCGUUAUGGGACGAAUUGUACCAGGCACUUGAAUUUUUAAGUACAAAUUCUAUUGAAGGAAAUUCUCAGGCCGAAUGUAAAAUUGGACAAGUGAUAAUCAACACGAUAGCAAAGUCUAUUCUAGACAACAAAGAAAAGAGAGAUUCAUCAAUAACGCCGAUGAAAAUUUAUCAAUUUUGGACGUCUCUGGCUAGCAUGGAAGCAAUCAGGAUAACACAAGAAGAUAACAAUAAGAUGAUUGCACCUAUCUUCAGCGUUACAAAAUUUGAGUUGUUUUUCCAUAAUAACCCACUGCUUGCGAGAGCAGCAAUGGACGAAAUGUUAAUGUGUGAAGGUCAUAGAAAGUUGCUCAUUUGGUUUUUGACCCAUAUAAUGAAUCUAUCGAUUUCAUUAGUGGACUACGUUUAUGAAUUGGUAAGCGGCCUUCGUGGCACUAAAGAUAUAACUUUUCCUUACAAGUUUUCCAGAAAGGGAGGAAAAGUACACCUAAGCGAAAUUGAACAGCUGAUGGUUUUGCAUGAGUUCUUGGGCAACAGUGCUGAUUAUUUGUCAGCAACCGAUGGGAUCGAUGUACACGAUGGCUAUCGAGUCUUCCUAGCAGAAUCAAUUGCAAAGAAGCUUUUGUCUGUACUAUGUCUUAUGAUCAACCAUUUAAUUCAGAUGGGUAUUAUAGAUUUGUCUGGAAACAAGUCCGAUCAUCUCCAUGAUUAUACAAAUGAGUUGCAAGUGUUGCUUAUAAAUUGGAUUGGCAAAGUUCCAGAGGCAAGGAGAUUAUUUUUCAAGAUUAAAAAUGGCAAUACUGAAAAUAAAAAGGCAACUAACAGUUUUGAUACGACAGUUUCAAAAGAGGAUGAAAUAAACUUGUUUGAAAAAUAUGAAAAAGCUACAACUGAAGAAAUCAGCACGGACUUAGCUAAAAAUUUAAAAAAUAAAAGGAUCAUCGAGUCGUUUGCAAAAAGAAUUGAAUGUCAUCUAGAAGCUGUGUUAAGCCAAAGCGGAGAAGCACCAAAGUUGGAAGAAAUAAAUGACGACUUCAGAUAUUUCCUAACCAACUUUAACACGUUAUGUAAAGUCGACUAUCUUGCAGAAACUCUUUUUGGGAAAUUUGAACCAGUUAUCUCAUCAGGGUCGAUAUCGAAGUUGGAUGCAACUACAGAAAUUGACGAGGGCUUUGACGCAGAGUUUAAUACAGAAUUCCUAAAUGGAGAAGGUAGAUUUGAAAAAAAAGAAACAGCAAAGCCACAGAAUGGUUCUAAAAAGAAAUCAAAAAAGAAGAAAAAAUCCAAAAAGAAGUAG